AAUUUAAUUAAAACAUAUCGCAGCCAAGAUGUGGAUGGGCAAAAUAGGAAAUAAAUCUGCCUCCUUUAUCAAUCACAAGCACUUUCACCCGGGAAAUAGAGAAAACCUGGAGAAAGUAUGGCUUGCCGAAGAGAAGCACAAGGCAGCGCUAAAGCGCCAAAAGGAGAUGAAGGAGAAGCUGGCAGAAGAAAUACGUAUAACCGAGCUUAAGCGACAGUUAAGGGAACAGGAGGAAAAACAAUACCAAGAGUACCUCCUCUCACAGAAACCACCAAGCAAGUAUCAAGUAUCGGAUUCCAAAAUCACUGAUGAUGCCGUGGGAUUGAUUUUAACCAAGAAAGCACCGGAAGGAACACAUAAACCCAGUAAUAGCGCAGUACAUAAAGUAAUCAUACGCUCGAGGUAUAAAGAAGAUAUACAUGAACACGGCCACUCAAGCAUUUUCGGGAGUUAUUACAAUCGCGACACCAACAGUUGGGGAUAUAAAUGCUGUAAAAUCGAUCAACGCGGCACUAAAUGCCCAAAUAAACCUACACGCGGCAGUAGAAGAAAUGUAACGAAAAGCGCUGAAGUAUCCUCUCAAGAUGAGGUACACAAGGAACCGUUGGACACGGUGUCCCAUAAACGCAAAGUAGGAGAUACAAGCAACAAUAAACUUAAACAUCGCGCUACAUCAACACUAGCAGACGCGCUAAACAAGCUUAAACAGAUGGAUGCACUAGAUUAAA